CAGGCCAGAAAGUCAACCUGCGAACCAGACGACCCCCCUCGCACACAUCGUUUGGUCUACCGUCUGCAUGCUCUCAACUUGUCCCUACUUUCUUGAGGUGGCCCAAGCCUUGCGCGUCUGAAUGUUUACCACCUACUGUAGGUUCCAGGGACGAAAAAGAGGAACCUCAAAAAUCCUCAAAAUAGAAGAGGCAAAUGCUCUUGGGAAUGUGAACCGACUCAUAAUCGUGUGGCCCCUGCUCAUGUAUCGCGGACGGGUGUUGUACGACCUACCUCACGCACCCCUUGAGACACGUGAGACCCCGUCAAGAAUGAGAGAUGGUCGAAGCUCGAAAAGCUUCGAAACUUCAUCCUCAGUACUCGGUAUCUUUUCCUCCCUACCUAUGCCUGCUACCACGCCGACUCGCCGAUGUUGUGCUGUUUUUGCAUGUGCAAAACAGGGCAAAAGAGCAAAAGUGCUCCUUGAUACUGGCACCUCGGUCGCACAGGAAUCAAUGGAGCUUCGCCCUAUCAAUGGAACCGUUCCACUGAACAGAGUCCGGGAUACCUAUCUGUACAUCAUUAAAUAUUUUUGGGGAUUUCUCCGUCCUCGGUUGAUUGCACCAUGGAUUCUGCUGGACGAAUUGAGCAUUGUCCGACCGUUCGUCCCCCCAGUGGCGUAAAGCAAUUACAAAGGCAUAAAAAUAAGCAUACGUCGUACGCGCCUCGCCUGGGAGACUACCACGAAUUAGGAUUCGGAGGCUUUUGUGUCAGCCCGACGAAACAGAGCAAGCAGGCAGAAGAAGCAGAUGAG